UAAAUGCAUUCCACUUUCUCAUUCUCUUUCCUUACCUGCAUCUUUCUCUCUAAGUUUUUACAUUCCUUUGAAGUUCUUCAAGAAAAUUCGCUUCAAGACAUUCUGCUUUCACUACACUAUUUCGUUCUCUGAGUUUUUUUUUUUGCUAUUUUAAUGGCGUCUUUAAAUUCUUUCAUGUUCUUGCAUUUCUACUUUGUAUUGACUUUGUUUUUAUUGCAUGCACCAUUCUUAGUUACAAGCUCUAUUUACAGGUACAGGUUCAACUCGGUCAAUGCUACAGUCUCUAACAACUCCACUAAGCAACACCACAAAUGGGUAGGACCCGUCGGCCACCGUGUGAUCACCGUUGACGUUAAUGGGUCUGGCGAGUUCCGAUCUGUACAAACUGCUGUUGAUUCUGUUAAGGAGAACAAUACACAAAACGUGCUGAUUCUAAUUAGUGCUGGAUAUUACAUAGAGAAGGUGGUGGUGCCGGUGACGAAACCAUACAUAACGUUUCAAGGUGCGGGGAGAGACGUGACGUUCAUCGAAUGGCAUGAUAGAGCAAGCGAUCGUGGUCCCAAUGGCCAACAGCUCCGCACUUAUAGAACAGCUUCUGUCACUGUUUUUGCCAGUUAUUUCUCUGCUAGAAACAUCAGCUUUAAGAACACUGCACCAGCACCAAUGCCAGGAAUGCAAGGGUGGCAAGCGGCGGCAUUUCGCAUAUCAGGCGACAAGGCAUACUUCUCAGGCUGUGGAUUCUACGGUGCACAAGACACUCUAUGCGACGAUGCAGGGAGGCAUUACUUCAAGGAAUGCUACAUUGAGGGCUCUAUAGACUUCAUUUUCGGAAAUGGCCGCUCCAUGUACAAAGACUGCGAGCUGCAUUCGAUCGCCACCAGAUUUGGAUCCAUUGCGGCCCAAAAUAGGAACUCACCAGACGAGAAAACAGGUUUCGCUUUUGUUCGCUGCAGGGUAACUGGCACAGGUCCAUUAUAUGUGGGCAGGGCUAUGGGCCAGUACUCGAGGAUAGUCUACUCCUAUACUUACUUUGAUGACUUGGUUGCACACGGUGGCUGGGACGAUUGGGACCACGUCAGCAACAAAAACAAGACCGCGUUCUUUGGCGUGUACAAAUGCUGGGGGCCUGGAGCCGCAAAAGUUAGGGGUGUUUCAUGGGCUAGGGAGCUGGACUAUGCAUCGGCACAUAAAUUCCUGGCCAAGAGUUUUGUCAAUGGGAGACACUGGAUCGCACCAUCGGACGCUUAGCUCAUGGUCACACGCACGCAUCCACUGAAAAUUUCAUUCAUUGAUUCAAUUGUUAUAUAGCUUCUUGAUUCAGAUAUUUAUUUGGAUACCUGUAAAAAUUACUCAUCCUCACCAUACUUGAUUCGUUUUCUUUUCUUGUAAAAUUUACACAAUGCAUCUUAUAUUUUUUAUUUCUA